CCUCCACAUGUUUACAUUCACUGAAUCUUAUCUCAUUUCAAAUUUCAAAAAGCAAGUCAUCUCCAUAUCUUUGGUCAGAGACGUCAGUCAUCACAUGGGGCUCCCAAAGAAAAACUCAAAAUCUUUGAGAAGCAGUAAAGACAAAAAAAAAAAAAUGAAGAAGAAGAAGAAGAUAAGAGAAACACAGACAUUGCAGAGACCACGAAGAAAAAUGAAAAGUUAAGCAGAAAAGAGACCGAGAUACGAGAAAGAUGCAUCAGAUCAUGAAAUUUGUUGAGAAACUAUCUUAGGUGAGUGAAAAAUUACAAAGAAAUUUGUGUUUCUAUUUCGGGCCGAUAUCCAUUUUCCGGCCGAAAUUCGGUAUUUCUGUUGGUACAGUCGGAAUGCUUUUGAUUCUGCCGGUAUUCAAAGUGGUACGAAAUAAGGACGUUUUUGUACUGUUCCAAGCACCGGUACGGAAAAUAUCGGUCGUAUCGGCUAGUACGGAGCACCACCCCCCCCCCCCCCCAAUCUAAAGCUUAGUAUAUAACAUCCAGCUAGCUAGCAGUGGCAUGGCAGACAGCAAUACUUCAAAUAAUUCCAUUAUCGUUCGGCGAUCAGCAAAUUACCAACCUUCCAUUUGGGACUAUGAUUACAUCCAAUCACUGAGAAACAAAUAUGUGGGAGAAACUUGCACUGGACAAAGUAAUAUGUUAAAGGAACAUGUGAGGAUGAUGCUUCACAAAGUGGUGGAUCCUUUAGAGCAACUCGAGCUAAUAGAUACCUUGCAAAGACUUGCAUUAUCUCAUCACUUCGAGGUAGAGAUGAAGAGAAUAUUGGAAGAUCUAUACAACAAUGAUCAAAGUGGUGAUACGUGGAGGAAGGAGAAUUUAUAUGCCACAACUCUUAAAUUUAGACUCCUAAGACAGCAUGGAUAUAACAUCUCUCAAGGAGUUUUCAAUAUUUUCAAGGAUGAGAGAGGGAAAUUCAAGGCAUGCCUUUGUGAGGAAACCAAGGGUAUACUAUCCUUGUGUGAAGCAUCAUUCCUUUUGACAGAAAGUGAGAAUAUGUUGGAGGAAUUGAGAAAUUUCGCAACCAAGCACCUCCAAGAAUAUGUCAAGCAGAAUAAAGAUAAAACUCUUUCUGCUAUGGUGACUUAUGCCUUGGAGCUUCCACUACAUUGGAGAAUAAUGAAGUUUGAAACAAGGUGGUUUAUUGAUAUAUAUAGAAGUAGAGAAGACAUGAACCCUAUCUUACUUAAACUUGCAGAAAUGGAUUUCAACAUGGUGCAAGCAGUCCACCAAGAAGAUCUAAAACAAGUGUCAAGGUGGUGGAAGAACACUAGGCUUGGAGAAAAUUUGACCUUUGCAAGGGAUAGGCUAACAGAGCUUUUCUUCUGGUCAGUGGGUAUGAUAUAUCAACCUCAGUUUGGAUGUCAAAGGAUAAAUUUAACAAAGCUGGGUGUACUUAUAGUAACGGUAGACGAUGUUUAUGACGUAUAUGGAACUUUAGAUGAACUUGAGCUCUUCACAGAUGCCAUUGAGAGAUGGGAUAUUAAUGCAAUGGAUCAGCUUCCAGAUUAUAUGAAGAUAUGUUUCCUCAUUCUCUACAACUUUGUUAAUGAAAUGGCUUUUGAUCCCCUUAAGGAACAAGGAUUCCAUAUCAUUCGAUACCUUAAAAAAGCGUGGUCAGAUUUAUGUAAAUCUUAUUUGUUGGAGGCCAAGUGGUAUCACAACGGAUAUAUACCAAGCCUUGAAGAAUACCUUGAGAAUGCAUGGAUAUCAAUAGCAACACCACUUAUACUAAUGCAUGCUUACUUUAUGGUCACCAAUCCAAUAACGAAGGAAGCCUUGGAUUGCUUGGAAAAGUACCCCAAAAUAUUCUAUUGGUCAUCAAUGAUUCUACGACUUACAGAUGAUCUUGGAACAUCUGCGAAUGAAUUAGAAAGAGGUGAUGUUCCAAAAUCAAUCCAAUGUUACAUGAAUGAAACUGGUGCUAGUGAAAAAGAUGCUCGUGAGUAUGUGAAGUCUUUGAUUAGUUCAGCAUGGAAGAAGGUGAAUGAAGAGAGAGUUGCAAGUUCUCCAUUCUGUCAAACAUUUAUUGAAAUUGCAAUGAACCUCGCAAGGAUGGGUCAUUUCAUGUACCAAUAUGGAGAUGGGUUCGGUGUUGCAGACCGAAAAACUAAAGAUGGUAUAUUAUCGUUACUUAUUCAGCCCAUUCCACACUUCGGGAUGUCUUCUGGCAAUUCAAAUACUACACCAAACUUGAACAUCAAUUAAGUGAAGACUCUAAACCAUGAUCUAUGAGUAUGGAUUUUGGUUUUGGAGGAGUUAUCAUAUUUAAUAAGUUGGUUAGGGUGCUAUGCAACGGGUGGCCGAUUAAGGUUUUUUCUAUGGACCCCCAAAAUAAAGUAGGAGUUUAGUUUUCUAAUAUGUUGUGGUUAAUAAAUACUUUAUUUAGUUUAUUUGAGUGUUUAGUUGGUUUAUUAUAUUCA